AUGUGCCACUUUCAGGUCUCCUCACACUGCUGGUGUGUUCCAUUUUUUGUCAUAGGGUGCUGGCAGAUUACGGGCCUCCCAUUGCUGCUGCCAGGCCCCUAAUCUGCCAUGGGCCCCAGUACCACCUCCUCAUGCUGCUGCCAGGUCCACAGUCUCUCAUGGGUCCCUGUACGGCCUCCCAUUGCUGCUGUCUCCAUCGCCACACUCUGCCAUGUGCCACUUUCAGGUCUCCUCACACUGCUGGUGGGUUUCCAUUUUUGUCAUAGGGUGCUGUAUGGCCUCCCAUUGCUGCUGCCUCCACCGCCACACUGUGGCUCCACACUCUGGUUUUGGCCCCGUGUCUGCCCAAAUGAGUGAAGUGUGCGGUGAUUCUAAGAUCGACGGCACUCAUCUGCAUGUCAUACUG